CUCCUCCGCCCGGCGCCGCUCUGCCUCCCGCGCCCGGGCCGCCGACCCCCGUCGGGCCGGGCGGGACCGGGACCCGCGCGCCCUCGCCCCUCCCCCCGGGGCCCGGCGGAGUCCCGACCUUCCGGACCGCGGACCGCGGGGCCGGGCUGCGCGGACCUUUGCGGCCGCUCCGGACGCCGCGAGGGCGGGAGCGCGGACCUGGUGGGGCCCGGCAGGCGCGUCCCGGGCGGCCGGCCUGAACUGCACACGGCGGAUCCGGGGCUGCGCCGAGCCGGGGGAACGCCGGGCGCGGGCCGAGGGGACCCCGGCGCUCCCCGAGCCUCCGACUUUAGCUCACGCGCUGGGACCGGCCACGCGUCACUUGGGUCGCCCUGCGACCGGCUCACCUGAGGCCUCGCGCCCCGCGCCCGCCAGCCCCUCGCUCGUUCCCGGCGGGGUUGGGGGAGAGCUUUGCUGCCCGCUUCCUCGGAGCGCGGGGGCCCCGCCCCCUCCCACCGCCCAGAUGUCCCUCCUGGCGGCUCGGAGGACCUCCCCGAGGCCGAGGGCCGAAGGGUCCAGAGAGAGAAGCCCGCCCUAGGGAGCCCUGGGGGCCCCCCAACCUCACCGUGGGGCUGGGCCCCCGACGCUGCUGGAAGGAAAGCCAGUGUCCCCACCCUCGGGGGCUGCCCUCCUCCAACCCAGUUCCCUUCCCAGAGUUGUCCACAUCUGGAACUCCCUCCACAUCUGGAAGACCCCAGCCACCUUCCCUCUGCAGGUGUCAGUUGCUUCCAGAGACCUCUGCUUUUGCAGCUGCCUAGGAGUUGUGAGGGGAUUGCUGCUGCCUUUCCCCCUUCCCAAGGGCGUCUCUUACCCUUAGUCCUUGCAGAGUCAUCCCCCUGCCUCUGUGCCCAGGCUCAACCAGAGAUCUGCUCAGCACACCCACAGGCACUUCAAGUCCUGGAGGCCUGAGACCUAAGGCCCCUCCCCCUGCCCUCCUGUGUCCUCACCUUAACCUCCUCUGGAAGACUCUGUCUCCCUCUGGGUGUCCCAUUCCCCACCCAGAGGCACAGGAAGUGGGGUGGCAGGGGGCAGGGGCUGGGUGAGGGCCACCCAGGGUCAGGGUGGACUGGGGGGGCCGUUAAGAUGUGGAGCUGUGCCUGGCCGAGGGGGGCUCCGCGGAGACAGACAGAGCGUGUGCCUGGCUGGAGGGAGUAUGGGCAGGCCUGUGGCCACGUGGUAAAGGAUGAACAUUCGGGGCACCCCGGACCUCGGGCAGCCCAGCGACGACCCCGGCAGUGGCGGUGAGCGGGAGCGGAUUCGACAGCGCAUGAAGAUGGUCAUCGGGCAGCUCGAGGGCAUCUUGCGGGAGCUCAAGGAGGUGGCCAAGGAGCUAAGGGAGGUGGUGAGCCAGAUUGACAAGCUGACCUCCAACUUCGACUUUGAACUGGAGCCUGAUGACUGGACCACGGCCACCCUGGGAGUUCUGCUCCUUCCUGGACGCGUCCACGCCGUCGGACUCCGCGGAUGGCCCCGAGUCGAGCCGGCCAGGGCCUGGCCCCGACUUCCGGCUCAUGAACGGCGGCAUGCCUAUCCCCAACGGGCCACGGGUGGAGACCCCAGACUCCUCCAGCGAGGAGGCCUUCAGCGCCGGCCCUCCUAAGGGCCAGCUCCCCCAGCGGACCCCAGGCACGCGGGAGAGGGUGCGCUUUAGUGACAAAGUGCUCUACCACGCUUUGUGCUGCGACGAUGAGGAGGGGGACGGCCAGGAGGCGGCGGCGGCGGCGGAGGUGGGCCUGUCCCCAGAGCCUCCCCGUUCAGAGACCCAUGCAGGCCCCCUCAAGCCCUCCCGAGGCCCCUCCAGGCCCAGGCGCUCCCCACUGACCAGCCGCCGCUCGGGCCCCACCUUGGGCCCUGAGCAGACCCAAAGGGUCACGAGGAACAGCAGCACCCAAACAGUGUCAGACAAGAGCACACAGACAGUGCUGCCCUACACAGCCACCAGACAGAAGGCCCAGGGGAAAAACUAGGGGCUGGGGGGCGGUGGGCUCAUAGAGCUAUAAAUAUAUAUAUAUAUAUACAUAUAUAUAUAUUUAAACAAACACAGUCAUAAUAAAAUUUUAAAAUGCUAAG